AUGGAGAAGGGCCACAAGCUUAUUCUUAUUGCGACUUCAUCAAUUUCGUUGGUUGUAUUCAUUUUCCUGGGUUUGAUUUGUGUCUGUAGAAGAAAAGGGUCCAGAAAUGAUGAAUCUCGGGACACAGAAUCAAGCUUUGAAAGUAGUAAAGAAAUGGAAAUAAAUGGGAAUUUAAUAAGGUUUAAUGGUGGUGAAGAUCUGACUUGUGCUGAUAUACUCGAUGCCCCUGGUGAAGUUAUUGGGAAAUCAAAAUACGGGACUUUGUACAAAGCUAAUUUGGCAACGAAUAAUUCAAUCGUAUGUUUGAGGUUCCUGAGACCAACUUGUACAGAAAAGGUACAAGAUUUGAUGCCUAUGGUACAACUUAUUGGCUCAAUUCAGCAUCCUAAUUUAGUUCCUCUUUGUGGGUUCUAUUAUGGGCGUAGAGGUGAAAAGCUUCUUGUUCAUCCCUUUUAUGAGAUGGGAAAUUUGGCUCAAUUCAUCAAAGAUGAAGAAGACGAAUGUCAUAAAUGGACAGUCAUUUGUAGGAUAUCGAUGGGGAUUGCUAGAGGAUUAGAUUAUCUACAUACGGGAUUUCAAAAACCGAUAAUCCAUGGAAAUCUCAAGUCAAAGAACAUACUCUUGGGUCAAAAUCACCAACCAUUUGUGUCGGAUUUUGGUCUACACACUUUCUUUAAACCAGAUGCAGCUCAAGAAAUGCUCGAAGAAGCUGAUAUUGAAGGGUAUAAAGCACCUGAAUUGAUGCAAAUGGAAGAAAAUGAGGCGACUGAUAUUUACAAUUUUGGAGUGAUUUUACUAGAAUUACUUACGGGAAAGGAAGCAGUAAACAAGAAAGGAAACCCUAAUCAAGAUUCUUAUUUGGCAACCUCGUUGAGGAUUGCAAUCUUGGAUAACCGGAUAUCAGAUUUGUAUCAUCCUGAUAUUCUGGUUGAUGAAGAUAAUGGUGAUGGAAGUUUGAUGAAUGAAGAACGUGUUCUUGGAUUGUUCAGGAUGGCAAUGGAUUGUUGUUUUCCAUCGCCUUCUCUCAGGCCUGAUAUAAAGCAAAUCUCUGUUCCUCAAGAUUCGCUGCGAGAAAUCUUAGUAUCGAUUAACCGCAAAUCGGAAGAAAUCAGCUUAAUGCCUUCAGUCGUUUCGCCUCAAUGGCAAGAGAAGGCCAGUGGUUUCUUCUCAUCUUCAGGGUCAAAACUGAAAGAAGCUGGACAGUCUGCAGGAACAUUUGUUGGUGAAGUUGCUAAAGAUGCAAAAGGCAAUGUUUCAGAAGCUGCAGGAAAAUUUGGCUCUGUGGUGAAAAACAGAUGGUCUCUCUUUCAACAGCCAUCAACAAGGCAAGCAAUGCAGGAAAAACUUGUCAAUGCUGCUGCCACUACAAGCUUCUUUCUAAGAAAAGGUGUUUCAGAGACAAAAGAGAAAGUUGUUGUAGGGAAAACUAAAGUAGAAGAGGUGGCAAAGAAGACUGCCCAAAAGAGCAAAACUCUGUUGACUGAUAUUGAAAGAUGGCAAAAGGGUGUUGCAAGCACUGAUGUGUUUGGUGUUCCAAUAGAGGUUACAGUACAGAGGCAAGAAUCCAGCAAGCCUGUUCCUUUUCUGUUAAUAAAAUCUGCAGAUUAUCUUGUAUUAUCAGGAUUAAACUCACCUGAUUUAUUCAAGUCUGAAGGAAACAAGAAAGCCAUUCAGCAGUUGGUUUCAUUAUACAACCAGGACUUGAAUGCACCACUACCUGAAAAUGUGAACCCAAUUGACGUUGCUGCCCUUGUGAAGUGCUACCUUGCAAGCCUUCCUCAGCCAUUAAUCACUCCAGACCUCCACAAUGAAGUGCGUGGGGCCCGUUCCAGCAUCCCACUAAUGAGAAGCAUAUUGAAAAAGCUUCCCACAGUCAAUUACAUGACACUUGAACUCAUUACUGCUUUAUUGCUACGUGUUAGCAAGAAGUCGCUUCUCAACAAGAUGGAUGCUGGAAGCCUUGCUAUGGAGAUGGCUCCUAUCAUUAUGUGGCAGAAGGGACAACCACCAGAAACUUAUAAACAGUUCUGGAAUCAGCCCUCAAAGACUCAAUCCAAUGCAAAUCUUGAUUCUGUGCAAAACUAUAACGAAUGGGAUAUGCUUGCAGAUGAGAGUGAAGAUUCAGAUGUUUCCUCAGCAAUUCCAUUGGAUGAUGGGGUGCGAAUCGACUUCAGUGGCAUAGAGGUUUUACAGUGUCUGAUAGAACAUCACAAUGCCAUUUUCACUGAUGCAAAUGAGACUGUUUGGAGGUGACUCGUAUCUUCUUCAUCAUUUUAAAAUUUGAUUCAAUUUUCUCAUCAAUAAAAUUCAUUCUCUCAUAUCAUCAAACUUACCAUAAACUGGAGCUUUUCUUUUUGGAUUGAUGGUGAUUUGUAUAUUCUAUUCUGUGAGGUUCAUUACAUAAUGUUUUUAGGUUAGGAAUGUAUGCAAAGCAAAAGGUUUCUUUUACAAGUUUGUAUAUUAUAAAGGUUAUGAUGUUUGGUUUUCCUUUUUGUGCGGUUUAUGUGGUUUGGUUUGAGCCUAAUAUAUUUAGAAAUCAAAUUACAGAUAUACUAGGAAUUUGUGCAUAACAAGUGUAACAUUUUAUUAAACUUGGGAUUUAUAAUUACAAAAUAAACUUUUCUUA